UAGAAACCUCAGGAAGAGACACUGAGGAGGGAUCCCUCUUCCAGGACGGACAGACGUGCAAUAGAUGUCGUACAGAACAGAUCAGCAUGAUAAAUUAACAGUAAUCCACAUGACACAAUGAGACAGAGAGAGAGAGAGAGAGAGAGAGAGAGAUGCAGGUAAUGACAGUAGCUUACAACAACAUUAAUGAAAGUAAUAAUAUUAUAGUUAUAGUUCUGGCUACUGUGGUACAAUAUGUUGAAAGUAUGUAUUAAUAUCUGGCAGUAUACAUGUGUGACAAUAAUCAUAUGUGUAUAAUAACAGUAGAAGUAUGACUAAUGACUAAUGAUGGCAGCAGCAGCAGGAGGCAUCUGGCAGGACCACGGCAGCAGCACAACCACACACGUCACGCUGUCCAGGCACCGCUGUGAUAUGAGUUAAUCUGAGAGACAGUGGAGCACAAAGGCUCCGGAGAAGAAGCCGAGUUAGUGACAUCCAGAAUGGCCGAGUUAGCAAGAUGCAGUAAUAGAAUACGAGAGAGAGAGAGAGAGAGAGAGGGAGAGAAGGUGCCCGGCGUAUUAUAGGGGGGUCCUCCGGCAGACUAGGCCUAAGUCAGCCUAACUAGGGGCUGGUACAGGGCAAGCCUGAGCCAGCCCUAACUAUAAGCUUUAUCAAAGAGGAAAGCCUUAAGUCUAGUCUUAAAUGUGGAGACGGUGUCUGCCUCCCGGACCGUAACAGGAAGAUGAUUCCACAGGAGAGGAGCCUGAUAGCUGAAGGCUCUGGCUCCUGAUCUACUUUUGGAGACACACAUGUCAAAGUUUCAUUAGGUCACAUGGCUCAUGUCUACAACUUUCAAAAUAUAAGCUCACACCACCUUCAUAAGAACCCUGCAUUUUUAACUCUGCGGGCCCCCUUAUAAAAAAAUUACACCUGUCCCCUUCGGGACGGUGUGAACAACCAUAAAAAUAUUAAAUAUUAAUAUAUUUCUCUACAUUUUUUUUGCUUAAAUCUUUUAACCAACUUCUACUCAGAGUAUACAUACCAAAUAUUCAUUGUGGGUGUAUGUAUGAGAGAGAAAGACAGGGGGAGAGAGAGAGAGAGACAUGGAGAAAAAAAUAAUGUAACCUUAAAGCAACCUGCAGCUCAUAAUUUGCAAUUUUUAGCGACACACACACACCACAUAUACACACAUGCAAAAAAUGGAACAACACUAGAUUUGCUUUCUCUUGACAUUGCUUGUUUUAUCGACAUUUUGACUCUGACAAAUAAUUCACACUGCCUACGUGAGCUGGAGGCCGACAGCGAGAGCCCGAGGUCCCGUUCAUCGCUGCUUGCAGCUUUAAUUCAGUUGUUUUUCCACUUAACUCAAUAAAACAUGAGCUAAUGCUAACUAGCUUAGCAUAGUAGCUGCUCAGUGUCGUUAAUCUUAAGAACCUGAAGAUUAAUUAUAAAGUAAAAUCUUCCUCCUUUUCUGUGAAGAUGGUCAAUGUUUAAGUCAUAAACUCCUGGGCGUGACAUCAGUCUUGUGGGCGUGUCACAGCCGAGGGGGCGGGGUUAUAUCAGUGCUGCUGGAGCUGAUGUUUUGUCUGCAGCAGGUUGUGUUAAUAAAGUUUAAUCAGUUUAAUGAAGGGACGACACAAACAAUGACGAUGAUGAUGAUGACGACUACGAUGAUGAUGAUGAUGAUGAUGAUUAAUGAAGGGACUGAUUGAGUGUGCAGUGAUUAGCUUGUUAGCUCAUUGAUGCUAGCUCAGACUGUUUUAAUGAAUGCUGCGACCUGUAGAGGGCGCUGUCAUCAAUAACACAUGUUGGUCUGUUGGACGUGUCACCUCACAGUUUUUCUGCUCAUCUGAGCGCGUGCAGCAGCAGUGGCAGCGGUGGUGGCGAGGGUUUGCUGCAGGUUUCCACCCGGAGGUGCCUUCACUGACACUUUUGCUGUGAUCCAUUUACGUUGCUACGAGCGGUGAGACUCAAGAUGAUGUCGUGAAAUUUUGUAACUUCCUGUUUAAAUUGGCGGUAUGCGUCCCCAUUUGCGUUUGUACCAUUUACGACCUAAAUGUAAACAAAGAUGGAUGCCUCCAAGAAAGCAGUUGUCACUAUUGCAGUAGCAGAGCCUUUAUUAUUAGCAUCACUGCUAGCUACUUUCACCAACACCAACGGAUAAACAACACAUUCACAACAUUCCACGCACACCAACACAUCACAAAACAUUCCCACAAGGCGAGUCAUUCACAUGAAGACUCAAAUGUGCUAAACAGUAAAAAUAACAGUAAAGAGCAGAGCCACUUAAGGUAAAUAUAGGGCACAGCCAUCUUUGCUUUUGUCAGUCUUUCGAAACUCGUGGUCCUCUGAGUUCGUACGAGGUGGUACGAGAACCGCCUCAAAGAGGCGUGUCAUGUCGUGUCGCGUAAUUUUGCGCAGCUUACUGUCUUUCCUAACAGACCAUUUGUCUGAUCGUGACGACAGAAGAUCUGGUAACUCUGAGAUCCCGAUGAUCCAGACAGGGGUGACGCCACGUGUGCUGUUGUUCUUGUUGUUUGGUUGCAGCGUCCCUGAACAUAAACAACAGAUGCCAAAGGAUACAGAACGUGUAUACAGACGUGACAGGCGACCACAGAGCGUUUUUAUUCUCUCACAGAUCCACACUGGUCAGAGUCUGAAUUAUUUAAUCCUUCAUUAAACUUCACUGAAGGCAGGACUCUUUAUUCACCUCACAGAGAAGGUAGGGUUUCCCCAAAAUGUUGAACUGUUCCUUUAACAAUAAUAAAUCAGGAUGAAGUCAUGAAGAACGACUCAUAAACAAGUUUAUAAUUAUCUGACAAGGACAAAGAGACACACGGCCUCUCAUUUUGACUUCAGUCUGGUAGAUUUGAUUAUGUUGACAUGUUUAAUACACCUGGAACUUCCUGUCGUCACUCUCAGUGUUCUAUAUCAUGUUAUUUUAUUCUAAAAUUAAAUCAAGUUCAAACUUUAUUUAAAGUGAACAUAAUGAUAUGUGUUCAGAGAUCUCUGCGUGAAACAAACCUCUGAAACAUUUUAACUAAAUUUUUAGAAGUUUUUAUUUGACAAACAUCUAAAGAGUCCGAUUGUUUCAGAGUUAAAGUGUUUCCCAGAGGUCAGAGAGAGCUGAGUCUGAUGAACGGCUCCACCUGCUGGACACAAAACAAACUGCAGCUGAAACGUGUUGAAACAUCAGAGCCUCAGAUUCAGAAGAUUAAAACAUCAAGACGACGAGAGGAAGUGGAAACAGACUCUGUCAGACUGAUCUGAGCCGCACGCACCUGCUUCAACACACCGUCAAUAAAACCAAAGAGACGCGUGAAAGGUCUGGUGAGUUCAGGUGCAGCUUUUAACAGGAACUCUUUGAUCAGUUGGUCUUUGUUACUUUCAGGUUACUGUUGUUGCCUCUGAUUGGCUAUUGUUCUGUGUGUGUGUGUGUGUGUGUGUGUGUGUGUGUGUGUGUGUGUGUGCGUGCGUGCGUGCAGGAGCAGAUAGAAUCUGUGUGUGUUCAGGUUAAAGUUGUGUUUUUAACAGCAGCAGCUGGUCACAUAAUGAUCCACUGCUCCUGGCUCCGCCUCCACACACACACCCCCAUCCAUCACAGCAUGAUCAGUGUUUGUCUGACGCUGCUCGUUGUGGAGGAGUUGCUGACUGUGAACACAUGAAUGUCUCUAUCUAGAGUCAGUGUGUGGUUUGUCCAUUCUGGGCUACUGUAGAAACAUGGCGGUGCAACAUGGUGAUCUCUGUAGACGAGGACCUGCUCCCUGUGGAGAUAUAAACAGCUCAUUCUGAGGGAACCAGAACACAACCAUCUGGAGCUUCAUGCUCUCUGAUGAUAGGACGCACUCGACUGAUGUCACCUCCUCAGGACGUCGUCCUUCAUCACCUGAAUGUUUUGAAUCAAACCAACAUAAACACGGUGAGGUCGUCUACGAGUGUCCUCACAAGUCCAGUACAACAACCGAGUGUGUUCUGCAGCUGAUUGGAUGUUUUCUGAAAAUCAGGAAAAAAAGAGGAAAAGACAGGAAGUGCUCACAAAGACAGGAAGCUGAAAUAAGACGCGUGUGCUACUCUGUGUGUGUGUGUGUGUGUGUGUGUGUGUGUGUGUCACAGUCAAAGUUCAGGCCUCAUAAUCUUUGUCAAACAUUCACUUUCACACAAACAGUAACACACAAACAUUAAAACAACAGUGUGUGUGUGCAAAGACAAUCAAGGUGCCCUCACACACCCAAACAUCCUGAAUCCAUUUAUGACGUGUGUGUGUGUGUGUGUGUGUGUGUGUGUGUGUGUGUGUGUGUGUGUGUGUGUGUGUGUGUGUGUGCUUGUGUGUGUUACUGUGUGUGUGCUUGUGUGGGCGGAGAGACAUGAUUUCAUUUCAGGGCGAGUGAGCACCACUGAAGAAUGAGAAUGAGAGAGAGAGGAGGCAACUGAGCGCGCUCAGAUCAGAUCAGUCUGCAGACGGAGGAGCACUCAGGAGGAGCAGGCAGACGGAGGAGCACUCAGGAGGAGCAGACGGAGCUCAACAGGAAUCGAACCUGUGGACAGACGUUCAUUAACAGACGACAGGUGUGCGUCUCCAUGGCGACAGAUGUGUGUGUGCUGCUAAGCGUGUGGGUCGGUGUGUGCAUGGCGUUCAACCUCGACACGUCGUUCCCGCUGCUGAAGAGGGGCCGAGACGGAAGUCUGUUCGGACUGUCUGUGGCUCUGCACCAAGACCUGAAGACCGACCGUUACUUGCUAUUGGUGGGAGCUCCGAGGGAGAAGGCGGAGCCUAAUGUUCCAGCCAAUCGAACAGGAGGAGUGUACAGCUGUCCCAUCACUGCUGACCAAUCAGAGUGCAGCAGGAUGAAGCUCAUAGACCCAGACCUGAACCUGUCUGAGGACCUGAUUGAGGACAUGUGGUUGGGCGUCUCAGUGGCGAGUCAGGGCCGACCUGGAGGACGGGUCCUGGCGUGUGGUCAUCGCUUCAUUAAACUCUACGGAGCGUUCAAACUGAGACACAUGAUUGGCCGCUGUUAUCUCCGUGGAAACGACCUGCAGUACAAUGAGACAGACAUGCACUGGCAGAACCCCGACCAGCCCUGCAGUCACCUGGGUGAUGUCAGCACAGAGGUCAUGUGUAACAUGGGGAUUUCUGCCGCCAUCACUCAGACUGAGGUCAUCGUCGGCUCACCUGGAAGCUUCGAAUGGCAAGGAAACGUCCACGUCUCCUGGAUGAAUCCAGACGUCGUCUUUGACACUCAGAGGAGCUCCUUCCCCAACAUGGAGCGCAGGAACAUUUAUAUAGGUUACUCAGUGACUCAGGCUCGUCGUCUUCUCUCUCAGGACGAUGAAACCAUAGUAACAGGAGCUCCUAAGGACAGUAAAGAGGACGCUCGCGGCUCCGUGCUGCUCGCCGUCAAACGCUCAGACGGACUGCUGACUCAGCAGACUCUGCGCGGUGAACAGAUGGGCUCGUACUUCGGUAACAUCGUGGCAACCGCUGACCUCAACAAUGAUGGGUGGAAUGACCUGCUGGUGGGCGCUCCUUUUUACUUCCACCGUCAGCAGGAGGCAGGUGGAGCCGUGUACGUCUACAUGAACGCAGGAGGUCGCUUUGAUCCUGAGCCCAGCGUGGUGCUGAGAGGACCGGCUGGGUCGGCGUUCGGUAUGGCUGUUACCGCCGCCGGAGACCUGAACCAAGAUGGCUUCCAGGACUUCGCAGUCGGAGCUCCGUUCCAUGAAAAAGGAAUUGUGAUGAUCUGGAGCGGGAGCAGCGAGGGGGUCACCACAGAGCCCAGUCAGGUGAUACGGGGCAGCAGAGUCUCUGCGGCGUUCAGUACCUUCGGAUACUCUCUGUCUGCAGGACUCGAUGUCGACGGCAACAAAUAUCCAGAUCUGCUGAUCGGCUCUCUGGACGACACCGUUGCUCUGCUCAGAACUCGCCCAGUCGUUCAUCUCAAUAAAACCAUCAGAGUUUCUCCAGACGUCGUCGACCCGAACAGCUGUGACUUCUGUGUUCAAGUGGAAGUGUGUUUCUCCUACAUGUUCAGCACUGGAGAGAAGAGCGAAAGAGACAACAUCACCGUCAACUUUACCGUCACCGCUGACAUCACCAGCCUCAAGCCCCGCCUCCGUUUCUUGGACAACGGGCAGAGCGUGUACUCUGGUUACCUGUCGAUGCCAAAGAGACAGUGUGAAACCCUGAGAGUUGGACUGCAGGGUCCGAUCAGAGACAAAGUGGAACCUCUGGUGUUCUCCCUGAACGUCUCUCUCUACGAAAAGCUUCCCAAGAAAAGACACGCAGUGCAAGACCUGAAACGCCUCCCAGUCCUGAGCCAGACACCCCGAACCAUCAGAACCCAGAUCCAUAUCCAGAAGGCCUGUGGUUCUGAUAACCGUUGCCAUAGUAACCUGCAGAUGACGGCUCAGUUCACAGAUGAGAACCAGAAACCCUUCAUCAGGCAGAAGGACAGUCAGGUGUUGCACUACGACAGCAGCAUCAACCGCCUGUUUCUGGAGGUUAACGUCAGCAACACACUGUCACCGGGCCGACCAGCGGAGGAUGCUCACAACACCGUUUUGAACAUUAGCAUCCCGGCAUCACUCAUUUACUCUGGAGUCCGAACCAAGGGUGACGUCCAGGCGGUGGUGAAAUGUUCUGUUGACGACAACGUUCUUCUCUGUGAGCUGGGGAACCCGUUCAAAAGUAACCAGAAGGUUCAGGUGUUGAUCAUCUUCCAGCCGUCUGAGAUCAGUUUAGACACCAGAGAGAUUCAGUCUCUGCUGCAGCUGUCCACGCUCAGUGAGCAGUCCGAUCUGUCUCCUGUCUCCGUCUCCAUGUUGGUGGAGUAUUCUCUGCAGACGUCUCUCACUCUAAUCAACCUGCCAGGCCCCGCCUCCUUCAGCGGUCAUGUGAUGGGUGAGUCAGCCAUGAAGAAGACGGAGGACAUCGGCAGUCUGCUGCUCUUCACCUUCCAGGUGCACGUCAGCGGGAAGCCCCUGGGUCACCUAGGCAACCUGCAGGUGGAGAUUGAUUGGCCGAGGGAGACGUCCAAUGGGAAGUGGCUGCUGUACCUCGCAGAGAUCCAAGUGAACGGAACGUCAGAGGCUCGCUGCGACCCGCCCGGCAAAAUUGUCAACCCCCUCAACCUCGUGCUGUCAGAGGAGAAGAAGAAGAGGAGGAGGAGUCUGAAGGAGGAGGUGCAGGUGAAGGAGGAGGAGCAGAGGGAAAAGACUCUACCUGUCCUCCACCUGCAGGGACAGAAGAAGAAGUCCUACACUCUGAACUGUGUGCACGGGGCCAAGUGUGUGACGUUUGUCUGUCCACUGGUCAACAUGAACAACUCAGCGACUCUCACUGUCAGAGCCAGACUGUGGAACUCCACCAUGAUCGAGGACUACAGCGAUGCGAGGAACGUGUUGGUUCAAGGCCGGGCGACGCUGAAGCUGCAGACUAACAAACCAACCAUCAACAUGGAGCCUCGCAGUGCAGAGAUUGAAGUCCACAUUUAUCCAGACCCAGGGCAGCAGGUGGACUCUAGCGCCCCCCUGUGGAUUAUCGUGGUGUCUGUCCUGGCUGGGGUCGUACUGCUGGCUGUGAUUUGCCUUCUGCUGUGGAAGUGUGGUUUCUUCGUGCGUCGGAGGGCAUGGCGGGCUACAGCGCUCCACCAGGGGAGGAUUAUGGGUAAAGACGAGCAGCAGCAGCGCACAGAUGCUGACGGUUUCCUGAUCCAAGUUAACGCCACCUCGUCCAGAAACAGGAAAUCGCCCAAACACUGGGUCACCUCCUGGACUGAGACACUCUGAGAACUGAAGGUAUCCAUAGAAACCAACCUGGACCGGACCAAACUGGACCAUCAUACCCUGAACCAGAUCAAAGCGGACCAAACUGGACCGUCACACCCUGAACCAGAUCAAAGUGGACCAAACUGGACCGUCACACCCUGAGCUGGAUCAAACUGGACCGUCACACCCUGAACCAGAUCAAAGUGGACCAAACUGGACCGUCACACCCUGAGCCGGAUCAAACGGGACCGUCACACCCUGAACCAGAUCAAAGUGGAUCAAACUGGACCAUCACACCCUGAGCCGGAUCAAACGGGACCGUCACACCCUGAACCAGAUCAAAGUGGAUCAAACUGGACCAUCACACCCUGAACCAGAUCAAAGUGGACCAAACUGGACCAUCACACCCUGAGCCGGAUCAAACUGGACCAUCACACCCUGAGCCGGAUCAAACGGGACCAACAGCUGCUGGACUGCCUGUGUGCUGUCAUGUGAAAACCUCUUAACAUUCCGUGCAGUCUGUAUUAAAAUUUCCAGGUUUCCAGCUCAGAGUUUGUGUAAUUAAAUAUUUUUUUGUAAACAACAGGAGGUUAUUUUCUGUGAAUUAUUUAUGUCUUUAGAAUUUUUCCUUGUUAAUAUGUUGGUUUUUUUAUAUAUCUGUGUGAGUUGUGUGUGAACUGCAUUUCCCAGCAUCCUUCUGGCCUCUAAGUCGGAUCCUGUCGCAGAUCAACAGAGCAACAGUUACCAGGACUCAGUCAAGUGUUUUAAAGUUAUAAACAUGUUUCGUCAGUAUCGUCUCUGCUGGAAAGCGACAGAUUUGAUGUCGACUGGAAACAACAGUAAAUCUAAAUCAUAAAAAGACGUAAAUACAUUGAUUUAUUAAUUAUUGGGAAACUGAUCAGCAGGAAGUGAUCAGGAUUUAUAGGUAAAGGGCUCAAUAAUAAAAAGUGGAAUGCUCCUUUAACAACCAAACAUGGCAGCAGAGGUCGGUGUCGACAGGUUUAAUGUGUCAGUGUGUCGUGAUGAUGUGUUAAACUGCUGCCUGUCAGGGCUCCUUGUAAACUAAGGAAAAUUACUUGUGUUGCUUUUAGGUUCCUGUAAGAAAAAAAAAAACUUUUUGUUGUGGAUUUAAUUUCAAAAAUCCAAGAUAAUCAGCCAGCUGUUGAAGUUUGAAGUCGUCUCUUCUACAGAGCUGUUUCUGUGGCCUCUCACUGCCUUUUUAUAUGAUUGUCAAAUAUGUGACAGCACAUGAAAGCAGCAUGUGUUUGUAUGUAAAGUCGUCAGUCGUGUUCAGAUUGGCUGUGGUUUGUCAACACUGUGGUGAACUGUGUGUGUCAGUGUGUUUCCUGUAUAUUGAUGAUAUUAAAGUAUUUUUUCAUAAUUUAA